UGUGUGUGUGUGUAAAAUAACAGGCCUGUUUUUACGACUCUCUCUCCCUGUGAAACCCUGGCACUUCUGUGCUGUAACCCUGAUGUACUGAACGUGGUUUGGGCUUGCACUGUCAUUCCCAAAUCAUUCAACUUCCCUGCACUGUGCUAUAGCACUGCUAAAAUCCAAGGCUCAAGAAUGAUUAAGGAACAGAGUCGGGUCCUUUCUGUGCUGCAAGACCAGGCUGCCACUGCUGUAAAUGGGUCCCAGCAUAGCAAUUCCUCUAAGAUAUGUGGGGACAGGCUAUUUAUCCAAAUCUGAACUCUGUGAUCAGUGAGUCGUGUAAUUAUCCUUUAUGUACAUAUGACUCACUAAGUUCAAAAAGCACGUUAAAGCUACUUAACCAAAUGCCAGUUCAGGAAAUGGUUUAUAGCUGUACUUCUAAAGGGGAAAAAAAAAACCCUUCUGAUUUCAUAGGACAAAGAAUUCUUUGCCAUUUCUGGUAAUUGUUUGGUUUUUUGAUCACUGCAUUGCACUAUUAAACAGCUGCCGUGUACCAUCCCAGAGGUGGCUGCAUUUCAGUGCUAGCUGAAGGGUCUCCUGUAUUAUAUAACAGAUCACAUGGUGGUGAAAUUGAGUUAAGCUUGCAGUGUGGCUUUGAUCAUAGGUGGCACACAAAGAGGGACACCAGCUAAAGGGGGGCACGUGACACCCCCCCACAUGACUCCUCCAUGUGACUCCUCUCUGCCCUGUCCCCAGCCUGGGGGCCCUGAGCUCUCCCUGUCCCCUCCCCAUUCCACGUUACCUGGGGGGAGGGGGGACUCUGUCCUCCCACUGCACUGGGUACCGAUUUCAGUGGCUACCGAUUUCUGAACCGCCGGGCUCUCCUGGGAACCAGAGCAGCGAAAGGAGCAGAACAUGGAGUUGCUGGGUAGCCCCACGCCGGCAGCUCCUCUGGUGCAGCUGUACUGCCCCCAGCCCAGCCCUGUCCUCCCAUGAGGCUGUACAGACCCAGACAGGAGACACAGCUGCGUGGAAGGGCUGGGGGCGGGGCAAUCCCAUGUUCUGUGGCAGUUCCCUGCUGAAUGUGCCACCCCAGGCAUCUGGGGAGCAGCAUCUGAUCAUUCUUGUCUCUCCCAGGUGUUGCCUUUGGCUUUGAUUACAACCUUGGUCGCUCAGACCUGUCUUGCUUUCCCAUGCUUGGGCUCUGUUUGAAGGUGGUGUUAAUAUGAUGGCACUAGAAAUACGUAGAUUCCUUCUCACCCUCGCAUACGGUUCAGCCUUUUGAGACAAUCACUUCCUCCUCCCUGAAUCUCCAAACAAAUGUGUGAAAAGGGUGAAAUCCUGGUCCCCCGGGAGUCAGUUUUGCACUGUCUCCAGUGCGGCCAGAAUUUCACCCCAAGUCUGGAAAACCUCAGCCCGCGAAAGCUUCAGACUGUAUCGUAAGCAACUGGAAAAGGGAGCGAGAAUGGAAACUCCGAGGAAUAGCGGUCACUGCUGCUGUGUGCAAUAAACACUAGGGCUGAGAUUCUCCCAAAUCCCACUGACUUUUGAAGAUCUGGGUCCCAGUACCCACUAAGAUACUUCAACAUUGCUCUGCUCAGCAUUGCGGUGCCUAGGCAGCCGGAGGCCCAGUGGAAUUCUCAGCCCCAAGCUAGGAGCCUCGGCUCCCCGGUCAAUGCACGGGGAGCAUUAGGCGCCUAAUGCAACUCAUCUAAGCUAGACAGGAGUGAAAUGCCAAGGAGGGGGCUUAGAUAUCUUAAGAGCUGACCUGGUGCCCUUGGAAGGUCAGAGAUAGGUGCCUCCAUCUCCUGGAGCUAGGCUCCAAAGCCAAGUCAGCCACUCAGAUAGUCCAUGCCCUAGAAGCCAACACUGUGUGUGUGUUUCUCUCAUGCUUUCCCUGUGCCCCCAGUUGUCUCGUUGUGGGGAGCGGUGCUCUCCCCCCUCCACACACACAUACCUAUUGACGGCUUGUAUCCAGCCCUCCUGCAAUGGGGUCUGACAGGGAUCGGGUCUUUGGGUAGAGCACGCCGAUGGGUCCCAUCGGCAGGAUAGGCAUUCUUGUGUUUUGGGCCCUGCGUGGCUUAGGCUUGAGUGAGGGCUCUGAGCAGCUUGCUAGCUGUGGGUCAGCAUCAGGGCUUAGGCAGCAUUUCAAAUGCUGAUUGGUUGAAACACAAGCACCACAGGGAUCUUGGUACCUACGGGGCUGGGUGGCAGCUGAGGGCUGUUUUGAACAUGUCAGUGGUGCCCAAAGAGGCAGAUGAGGCCCCUAAAUACCUUUGAGGAGCUGGGCCUGGGUCUCCAUAUCCCUAAGCAGCUCUGACAGUCUCAGCCAAAGAGCCGGAUCCUGCAAACGCUUGUCAGAGCAACUUGCAUGCUCCAGUGGCCUGAGUACGUGACUGAAUUAAUCACGUGCAGGGGAGUUGGCAGGACUGGGCCCCAAGACUGUGCGUAAAAGCUGCACACUUAAUGAGGAACAGAAAGGGAUCACCUCCUACACGCUAUGUGCAGUCCAGAGGAGCUGGCCUUGCCAUGGGAACAUUAACUCCCCGUUUCCUGGCUCCCUAUUCGGCUUUCGCCAAUCCAGAGGACGCCCUGAGGAACGGAGGGCUGCAGUACUGUCGAGAGGACCCAGAUGUGGAGCGAUGCCGCAGGGCCCAUCGCAAUGACAUGGAGAACAUUUUCCCCUUCCUCUUCCUUGGGGCCAUCUACUCCCUGCUGGACCCCAAUCCCACCGUGGCAAGGAUCCACUUCCUGAUCUUCUGCGUGGGACGGAUAGUUCACACCGUGGCAUACCUCCUGCAGCUGAAAGCUCCCACACGCUCGGUGGCCUACAGCGUGGCACAGCUGCCCUGCUUCUCCAUGGCGCUGCAGAUUCUCUUCGCGGUCAUCACACACUGGUAACGUUAAAGAUAACCCGCCGCUGCUGGUGCUGCAACGUGGAUUAGAAAGACCCGCCUUUGCUGCUUUCCCAAGAGAAGGACUCAUUCUGCUGUGGCUUCAGUGUCGGCAUCUCCCAGCUGGGUGGAGCUCAGGGCUCUGGGAAAUCCCCUCUGGGUGUGUGCAAGGCCCUGUUUCCAGGAGCAGGCUGCAGAGGUGGAAGGAUGUGCUCCUCGCAGCUGGGUGCUCGUGCAUUAAGCGCUCAGUAAUGCCACAGCAUUAGUACCACAGCAAUAACAUUGUGGUGUCUUCCAGUCUUCUCGCUGGUGACCUGGGGGGAGGGAAUGAUGCCACGUUAAGAGCACAACUAAACCAGGAAGUGGUGAAGACUCUCUAAGCAGCCUGGCCCCAUUGCUCUGAGGAGAGAAAAGCGGGAGACCCUUGGUCCCCCUAACUCACUUUGAUGGGAGUGUGUACGGUGACCAGAGAGGAUGUCCCAUCUCCUCUCUUCAGCAAGAAUACCUGGCGAUGUAGCGAAAAAGCUAAAGUAGGAACACACUGAGUCUUUGUAUAAAACAAACCCCUGCCCCCAAAAUCUCAUUUUUACUCUUUGAUUAGAGAGUCCUGACUCUUCUUUUGUUCGUUUGUUGUUGGUUUUUAACCUCCUACCCAGGAAGGAAACAAGUUGGUGGUGCAGCAUCUGAUACUGCCGGGCACAUCUCUGCUAGGAAACAGAACCCAAAGGGUUAAAUCUUUCAGAGGGUGGCAGGAAAAACACAGAGGGAAACAGAACUAGUGCAGAUCCCCCUUCCAAACCCAAAUUACAUCAUCAGUCCAAAGAGGCAGCUCCCCUCUGGGCCCCGGAGGUCAAGAUUUCACUUGACUGUCAACUCCAGAGCAGACAGCUCCAUUUGCUUUUGGAGUGAGAAGCGAGAGUUGGCUCCAGGCACAUCAGGCCAUCUCCAGACUCCAUCCUGGAAAGAGCAUUGAGCUCAAAAGAAGGUCGGGGUGCUCAGCACAGAUCUGGGCCUUUUCCAUUUCCUACAGGUACCUACAGGGGCGGCCCUAUGUUUUUUGCCGCCCCAAGUAUGGCAGUCAGGUGGCCUUCGGCAGCAUGCCUAUGGGCGGUCCGCAGUCACGCAGCUUCAGCGGCGUUUCUGCAGGUGAUCUGCCGGUCCCAAGGCUUCGACGUAUCUGCCGCCAUAUUGCCGCCGAAACUGCGGGACCACCGGACCUCCCCCAGGCAUGCCACUGAAGGCUGCCUGACUGCCGCCCUCACAGCGACCGGCAGGCCACCCCCCAUGGCUUGCCACCCCCCGCAGCUUGCCGCCCCAGGCACGCGCUUGCUGCGCAGGUGCCUGGAGCAUCCCCUGGGUACCUAGAUGUUCUGUCAUUUCUACAUAGCGUCAUAUGAGAUGUAGGGCUGAAUGGAAGACCACAAACCUAUGUAUGUUACACUGUUCCCCUCUUGUGCUUCCUUGGAGUUAUGAAGUAUAUAUUCAUAGUAAAAUGAAUACUAUGUAUUCCUCUUCUCUACCAUUCCUUAUGCCUCUGUGUAUACAUCUGUGAGCCAGGCAGAAUACCACCUCAUGCCUCUGUUCGGAGGCAAAGUCCUUUGACGUGCUUGGAUAAAAAGGGCUAUUAAAGCAUAUAACACAUGGAGGCAGAAGCAGUGCUUGUCUGGGUGAUCUCUUGGCCCCUCCUAACUUCUCCCUGGUACAAGGUUGCCUUCUUAAAGGAGCGCUCUUCCCACCAUGCCUUGCUGGAGCUGGCCCUUUAAAUUUGGCAGAGCCACGGAGCUGCAGCCCUAAAGCAGCCAUGUUUGGUGAGUGGCUGCAUCUCCUGCCUUCCUUCCUAGCUGGUGAGUCUCUCUCUCCUGUUCAGUUUUCUCUUGCUCGUGAGGAUGGGCCAUUCUCGCCAAGUGCAUGAUGAUGUUACCCUAGGAAAUAAUGUUAGUCCUCUUCCUGCUCACCUCCCAUGACAACCAAGGAGUUAAUUACAUGGCCAGGAAGGGCAAAUUGGAGCAGGAGCUGGAACCCUGGUAGGCCAGAGAAGUUCAGGUAGGGGACGAUUGCUCUCCCUUGCUGCAUUGGGAGCUUGGGGUGGGGGCGGCAACAGACCUCCUUGAUUCAGUCUGAAUUUUGUGGUUAGGAGUUUUCCCUCCUUGUAAGUGAAGAUGAGCUAAAGUAUUUAUUCCACCCCCUUUUUUUUAGAAAGACGGGGAACUGGUGCGGUUCUAAAUCAUUCUGGGUUUUGCCCUAUUUCAGGGCCCAUUUAUCUGACUCCUGUUCUCUCCAACCCUGCCUCUGCCUUCAAAGUGUGUGUGUGUGAGGGGAAGAGCUGGGUAAAAUGGGACCUUGACCUGACCCAUUGUUGCUGUUUUGGGGGGGGGGUAGUGCUAGGAUCUAUUUUGGGGGGGAGGGGGAGGGGGAGCACAGAAAAAUCCAGUUUGCAGAGCUGCUAGCUCUCGACUUUCACUGAGAGUCUUGUGAUGUUUGUCCCUCAUAAAGUCUUCUUUCCUGGAAUCAUGAUCACAUGACUCCAGGAAUCUUGGCUUUCUUUAAAAAACAAACAGUUCAUUUCCUGGCCUGAGGGUUACAGAGAGAAACUUGGAAAAGUGAACUGUAAAAACUGGGCCCGGGGGGAGGGGGCGGCACAAGGCAAAUAAAUAAAUAAAUAAAAA